AUGGAUAUAACUGAAAGUCCUGACACUUGCACUCUUCACUCAAUUGUUAUUCAAUGGCUCAUUUAGCAAACUUAAAUGGUAUCAGUGAAAAUUGUCCUGCAAUACCGAAGAUCACCAACAAGCAAAGGACCAAAAGAAGAGCAAAUAUAAUAGGACUGUUAGGCAAGAAACAAGUUAACUAUGAAGAACAUCCAUUGCAGACUACAAGAAGACUAGCAUUAGGCCUUGCUUCAGUAGCUCUUAUUGGAAAUUCUGGUAAUGGAGUCUCUCAUGCUGAGGAUAACGGCUUCUGGCAGCUUGAUUUCCCUUUGAUUGUGCCUUCUGUUGACAAUAAGCUUGCAAAUGAGAAAACGGGUACUCGUUCAUUUCUCAAGAAAGGGAUCUACAUGGCGGAUAUUGGUGUUAAAGGGAGCAUGUACAGGAUAAGGAAGUGUGGUUUUGAUCUUUUGGCUCUGGAGGAUUUGAUAGGACCAGACACUCUAAACUAUGUGAGGAAGUAUUUGAGACUCAAGUCCACCUUCAUGUACUAUGAUUUCGACAAAGUUAUCUCUGCAGCUCCUGUCAGUGAUAAGCAAUCUCUUACUGAUUUAGCUAACAAAUUGUUUGACAACUUUGAGGAGCUUGAAGAUGCUUCAAGAAGGAAAAACCUGCCUGAGACAGAAUUAAGUUAUCAAGGCACAAAAGUAAUUCUUCAAGAGGUCAUGGACCGAAUGCCAGAUAUGAUCUGAAGGAUUUAUCUAUUGUCAACAUCAUUGGUUAAGUCAUUACAGUUACUCUCAUUUGCUCUUGAAAUGUAUUUUGGCCUUAAAAUCUGUUUUUACA